GUCUCUUUAUCGACAAACGCCUUUGCGAACGCUAAUAUUGUAAUAUGAAUACAGGUACAUCGGUGCCAACUACGACAUCGCCUCAUUCGGUGGGUAUUUAGUUACAGCAUCGUCCUUCGCAUUUGUAUUAUCUUCAAACGCAGCUUUGACUUCAGCAACAGACAUCUGAUCGGUCAUGAAGCCAGCAAGUCUCUUUGGCAAGGAACUCCUUCAUUAUAACUAUGGUAUGGCUUGCAUGUAUCCCGAGCUCCCUAUGGAACAUGCAAUAGAAAUUGGAGACGUAGGGUGGUUUGGGUCGGAUGGACAAUUUUAUUUGUUAUUCAAUGCAACCAAGGGCGAAAGUGACCCUCGAAACAUGAACGGAGUACCUCAAUCAUUCCAACCUCUAGAACUUCCGCGUCAAUUAUUUUCUGACUCGUCGAAUCACAUGGAGGCGGGACAAGUCUGCACUAGUAUUGGGGUCGAUGUAUCGAAAAGUAGAAGGUUGUCCGACCGGGGUAGAAUGUCCCCCGAUCACCAUUACAUUGCAGAAAGACAAGGCAGCCUUUCUUGUAUCGCAGACGACAGCAGGCAGAAAACACAUAAUGGCAAACGAUGCAAUGCCGGAGUACAUGCUUCGAAAUCGCGACAAUUGGCAUCGUCUUGCUCAGGGUAUGAGACAUGCUGUCCACAAGGACGAGAUUGUCAUGAUAUCGGGAUGGGUGAAGACGAGAUCCUGGGUGCUGGGUCUUGGCCAGAAGAGGGGAACGACCAUGAUUGUCAACGGCGUAGCUGCCGAUAAUGCAAACGAAGGGCUUCGAGUCGAUUCAACGGAUCCUUCAUCUGUUACCAGGAGGGGUCCAGCGCAAUUCCGAUUACAAUCGGGCCAGAUCAACCCACUACGGGAUCAAUGCAUAUUUUUGAAUUACUACAAAGCUAAGAGUCGAAUAUUUGCCCCACCCAAGCUGGAAGCAAAUGCAGGACCGCAUAACCUUCCUGAUUCCAAUGAGGAUCCGGACAACGAGAGGUUCGAUGUCACAACCAACAAUGAUGUGGAGACUACAAGCGGGGACGAUGACGAUAUUGAAAUAGCGGAAUAUCCUCCUGUACCAUCUAAUCAUCAUCCAAUCGAUGCAGCUUUGGAUUUCAUUCUGGAGUCUGCUGAAUGUGAUGUGGCCAUAGCCAGCGACGUCGAUGUCCAUGAUAUCCUAGAAGGUGUACCGUGGCCGGAUGACGUAAAUGAAUUCCUCAAGCGACGGGAGCUCAGUCUAGAUAUUGGCGAAGAUAAGAAAGUCGGUAAAUUCUCCGUAAAGGACAUGAUAGUUAGGAAAUAUCAGAAUCUAGCUGCCCACCGCCACGACAACGAACCAAUUCCUCCUGAACCUACGGAUCAGCCAGGUCCUUCCAGUGCCGAACAUAGCGACUAUGAGCAAGACGAAUCUACAAUCCCGACAGCAGAUGGUAGGUGGCGCGCCAGCGCCAUAAUUCCUGGAAAGAUCGAUGGUGACACAUUCGAAUGGCCUCAUAUAAAGUUGUCUGAGCCCGACGACGACGAAGCUGGCGCCACAUGUCCUGCAGCUGUUUCCCCCGAUGGAAAGCUAGUUGCUGCCGGGUUCGAGGAUGCCGUCGUUCGUGUGUGGGAUAUAGACACGGGCGCGUUGAUGCUCAAAUUACAAGCUCAUGCUGAUAAUGUGGCAGCCGUUGCGUUCUCGCCCGAUUGCUCUAAACUCGUGUCUGGAUCUGCAGAUGGUGUCGCUAUCGUGUGGAGCACGUACACCGGUGAAAAUCUUGCACAGCUGGUGGGACAUGAGGGUGACAUUUGGUGCCUAGCCUACUCUCCUGACGGUGCUACAGUCGCGACAGGGUCAAUUGACUGCACGGUUAAGCUGUGGGAUGCACACACCUACGACAUAAUACACACAUUGGAUGACCAUCCUUCGGUGGUUCAGUGUAUGGCCUUUUCGUCAGAUUCCUCUCUACUUGUUACGUCAGCGCAAGAUCAAGGGAAGGUAUGGAAUACGAGAACUGGUCAUCUCGUCUCGUCCUUGUCUGGGCACGAAAACGUCGUGUGGGCUGUGAGCUUCUCUCCAGAUGGUCGGCGUAUUGUCACGGGUUCGGAGGACAAUACAAGCCGAAUCUGGAACUCGGCCACUGGUGAUGAGCUCGUGACAAUUCGGGAGCACACGAAUCCGGUGUGGACAGUACAGUUUUCUCCUGAUGGUCAAGAGGUCCUAUCAGGGUCGUACGACUCUACCAUUUCCCUGUGCGAUUCGUAUCUUGGAACUCAGCGCAACCUUCUGCGAAACGUAGCUUCCACUGUCACAUCUGCAGCGUACUCUCCGGAUGGAGAUUACAUUGCUAGCGGGUACUCUGAUGGAUCUGUGAAUGUGUGGAAUGCAAAGAAGGGCACGAUAAUGGCAGACUUCAAGGGUCAUGAAGACAAGGUGAAAGCGGUCAUAUUCUCACCUGACGGCCAGGAAAUCGUAUCUUCAUCGGACGACGGAAGUGUGCGCGUUUGGAGUAUGGAAGACGUAGUCAGGCUUGUUCCUACAUUUUGAGAUAAGAGACGUCUUUGGUCUAUUCGUAUAACGGCGCGAUUGUUUGUACUUCAUGGCUGCACUAGACUGAGAGACGAGAGCUUGUCAGUAUCCUUGUGAUUCAAAUUAUGCCUAUCUAUAUUUGUAUGCGUUGAUCCUUGUAUGUUGUAGAUUGCUUGAAACAUUGAACGGGAUAAGUUUCAGUUGUUGAAGGUGUCCUCAGAUAUAAACGCCCGUACUGCCUUUAAGAGUAAAUAUGAAG